CAGUUAUUCUCUUCAUUGUUUGAUCGUCUUUGGUUUACCCAACCAUCCAAGAUGGCGGCGCUUGUGGGACUGCGUGCAUGUUUCUCGGCUCUUCAGCUUUCUUCGCCGAGCCUCCUGCACAGCUCCUUCAAAUUGUGUGCUGUGCCUCUGAGUCGGCGGACCUUUGCAGCUGAAGCGAAGAAGACAUACAGCAGAGACAAGCCUCAUGUUAACAUCGGAACGAUUGGCCAUGUGGAUCACGGCAAGACAACCCUGACAGCAGCCAUCACAAAAGUGCUCGCUGACGCUGGUGGUGCAAACUAUAAAAAGUAUGAGGAUAUUGACAACGCCCCUGAGGAGAAGGCUAGAGGGAUCACCAUCAAUGCCUCUCACGUAGAAUACACCACAGCCAACAGACAUUAUGCUCACACGGACUGUCCCGGUCAUGCUGACUAUGUCAAGAACAUGAUCACAGGUACAGCCCAGAUGGACGGCUGCAUCCUGGUCGUGGCAGCCACUGAUGGCCAGAUGCCUCAGACACGAGAGCACCUCCUGUUGGCCCGCCAGAUCGGAGUGGAACAUGUGGUGGUUUUCAUUAAUAAGGCCGACGCUGUAGAGGACAAGGAGAUGCUGGAGCUGGUGGAGAUUGAGAUCCGCGAGCUGCUCACAGAGUUCGGCUAUGAUGGCGAGAACACACCUGUAGUUAUUGGCUCCGCCCUCUGUGCGCUGGAGAACAGGCAGCCUGACCUCGGUGUGGAUGCAGUGAUGAAGCUUCUGGAGAUUGUGGAUUCUUACGUUCCUCUGCCUAAAAGAGAGCUGGAAAAACCUUUCCUCCUGCCCAUUGAAGCAGCUUAUUCAAUCCCAGGCAGGGGUACGGUGGUGACAGGAACCCUGGAGAGAGGAAUCAUCAAGAAAGGAGACGAGUCCGAGUUUGUCGGACACAAUCGCGGCUUUAAGUCUGUUGUUACAGGUAUUGAGAUGUUCCACAAGUCUCUGGAUCGGGCGGAGGCUGGAGAUAACCUGGGCGCUCUGGUCCGAGGACUGAAGAGAGAGGACGUGAGGAGAGGGAUGGUGAUGUGCAAACCAGGAUCCAUCCUUCCUCACCGGAAAGUCAAAGCCCAGGUGUACGUUCUGAGUAAGGAGGAGGGAGGCAGACACAAACCAUUUGUCACCAACUUCAUGCCCGUCAUGUUCUCUUUAACCUGGGACAUGGCCUGCAAAAUAACUCUGCCCGAAGAGAAGGAAAUGGUGAUGCCCGGGGAGGACACCUCCCUGACGCUCACACUUCGCCAGCCGAUGAUUCUUGAAAAGGGCCAGCGCUUCACUCUAAGGGAUGGAAACAGAACCAUUGGCACCGGCCUGGUCACAGAUAUCAUGUCAUACACAGAUGAGGACGAUUGCAACUGGGGCUAAACAGACACUGCAGUGGGGGCUGGUGUCAGGGAGAGGGUGUGAAAGAGGGCCUGAAAUGAAGGUUGUGUGGCUGGCUAAAUCAAACAACUGUAGAAACAAAGAAACAUGAACACAUUCACAAACCUCAAAAAGAAGAAGACAAAAAGGAAUGCAUGGCUUUCUAGUGCGAUUCCACCAAACCAGAAUCAAUGUUAUGUUUAGCGGUAUCCAUUUGUUUAAAGGCCAGGCUGUCGAAAUAAUGUCAUUUAUGUAAUAAAAUGUAUUUAAUAACAAAA